AUGAGGACGCUCGCCAUCCUUGCUGCCAUUCUCCUGUUCGCCCUGCAGGCCCAGGCUGAGUCACUCCAGGAAAGAGCUGAUGAGGCUGCAACCCAGGAGCAGCCUGGGGAAGACGACCAGGACCUUGCCGUUUCCUUUGAAGAAAAUGGACUCUCUACUCUUAGAGCCUCAGGUUCUCAGGCGAGAAUCACCUGCUAUUGCCGAAACGGCAAAUGUUUUCUGCGUGAAUCCUUCGCCGGAUGGUGCAACAUCGGUGGCCACAUCCUCAGACUCUGCUGUCGCUGA